AUGCAGGUUGCUCCCGGGGCUGUCAGUGUCGAGGGCAUGGGAUGCAUCAACAGAUUUCCUCAUUCAACUACAACGCCACAACAUGACGCCGACAAUACAUGUACUAAUAAUGAUCCAGAAAUGGCUGCUAAUGCAGAACUACUGGAUCUUGCCAAUUUGAAUCCUGAAAACGAUCAAGUCCUUUUGGAAGCUACACUAGUCGACAAUUUAUAUGUAGAAGCAACACCCGUCAACAGUGUCGCUGGCGGAAGUGAACACACUGUUGGGUCGCAAAAACACAAGAAUAUGGAGGAGCUCGAACUCACAGAUAUCGUCAAGAGUGGCAAGGCCGUCCGGCAGCUUGUUUUGGUUCUGGCACUUUUACUUUGUUUGGGACUGGCAAUUGUGGUGCCAUUGGUCCUGGUCGGUACUACCGCUGGUGAUGGUGACAAUAUUGAUUCGAGUGUCGAACAAACAGCAACAGUGCCUCCAACGAGACGUCCUCCCUUUCACAAAAUACUUCAUCCGUAUGUUCUGGAAGAAAUCAAAAGAGAUCCCUACAGCACGGAAGCACUGGCCAAUGAGUGGAUGCAGGAUGACCCUAAUCUGGAAACAUAUUCAGAAGAUCGACUGCUGCAAAGAUUCACACUCGCUUGUUUUUGGUAUGCCACAAAUAGAGAAAACACCUGGAAACGAACGGAUCAAUGGAUGAGCCAUAGUGUAUCCGAGUGCGACUGGUAUACGGUGCACCCCAACAAAACAAUCUGUGAUGAAAACAAUGUUUUCAGAAUCCUCAAUCUCACCGGGAAUGCAUUGAAAGGAACCAUACCUGAAGCGCUGAACUUGUAUGGACAAGUAGUAGUCUCUGAUGUGUCGCACAAUAAGCUUGCAGGAACAAUACCAUCAAUAUCGGAGAGAUCCAAGGUAUUUGAAGUCAUGGAUUAUUCCUACAAUGAUUUUGAAGGACAUUUCAGUGUCGACUUUGGUAUUUCCCAAAUUUCUCUUCGAAUCUUCAAAAUUCAACACAAUCGAUUUGGUGGAACCAUUCCGAUAGAGGUUGCAUUCAUGCCAAAUUUGACCCAUGUGGAUGCCACAGGGAACCAAUUCCAGGGACGGCUACCCGAUUUCUUUGGAGUUGUCGAGGAGCUGGAAGUUAUUCGGAUGGGUGGUAACCUCCUUGGGGGGACCCUGUCACAUACCAUUGGUGAACUCAGCAAUCUACGGGAACUUGAUCUCUCCGGCACUAGCCUUAGCGGUGCCCUGCCGGUCCAGUUGGAACAGCUGCCGCAUCUGGAGGUUUUGAAUGUUGCAAAUACAAGCAUCACAGGGUCCAUUCCGCAAGGGCUUUGUGACAAGAAAGAAGCAGGUCAUCUGACUCUGGGUUGUGGUGAUGGGGAUACUGUGCAGUGCUGCUGA